CAGCGACGGAGCAGGAGCUCCUUGAGGAAAAAGUCGGCGGGUCCUCAACGUGUGAAUAGCCCCCCUUCCCCCCCAUCCCCUCAGUCACCAUGGCGAGCAGCAGUGGCUCCAAGGCCGAGUUUAUCGUCGGGGGCAAAUACAAGCUGGUGCGGAAGAUCGGCUCGGGCUCCUUCGGGGACAUAUACCUGGCCAUCAAUAUCACCAAUGGGGAGGAAGUGGCUGUGAAGUUAGAGUCGCAGAAGGCCAGGCAUCCCCAGCUGUUAUAUGAAAGCAAACUAUACAAGAUUCUGCAAGGGGGAGUUGGGAUCCCUCACAUACGGUGGUAUGGUCAAGAGAAAGAUUAUAAUGUUCUAGUCAUGGAUCUUCUUGGACCCAGCCUUGAAGAUCUCUUCAACUUCUGUUCGCGCAGGUUCACAAUGAAAACAGUACUUAUGUUAGCAGACCAGAUGAUCAGUAGAAUUGAAUAUGUGCAUACAAAGAAUUUUAUACACAGAGACAUUAAACCAGAUAACUUCCUAAUGGGUAUCGGGCGUCACUGUAAUAAGUGUUUAGAAUCUCCAGUGGGGAAGAGGAAAAGAAGCAUGACUGUUAGUACUUCUCAGGACCCAUCUUUCUCAGGAUUAAACCAGUUAUUCCUUAUUGACUUUGGUUUGGCCAAAAAGUACCGGGACAACAGGACAAGGCAACAUAUACCAUAUAGAGAAGACAAAAAUCUCACUGGUACAGCCAGAUAUGCCAGCAUUAAUGCACAUCUUGGCAUUGAACAGAGUCGUCGUGAUGAUAUGGAAUCACUAGGAUAUGUAUUGAUGUACUUUAACAGAACCAGUCUGCCAUGGCAAGGACUAAAGGCUGCAACAAAGAAGCAGAAGUAUGAAAAGAUUAGUGAAAAGAAGAUGUCUACUCCUGUUGAAGUUUUGUGUAAGGGAUUUCCUGCAGAAUUUGCAAUGUAUCUGAACUACUGCCGUGGCCUGCGCUUUGAAGAGGCUCCUGAUUAUAUGUAUCUGAGGCAGUUAUUCCGUAUCCUUUUCAGGACCCUGAAUCACCAAUAUGACUACACGUUUGACUGGACAAUGUUAAAGCAGAAAGCAGCACAGCAGGCAGCCUCUUCCAGUGGGCAGGGGCAGCAAGCCCAAACCCCCACAGGCAAGCAAACUGACAAAUCCAAGAGUAACAUGAAAGAUUAGCACAGAAUUCAAGUUUUGUCUUACGUAUUAUCAACACAUUUAAGGUUUUUGAGCAUGAAGAAGAGAACAGAUGAAGCAGAGCAGAAUGGAGCAGGAUGUAUCACUCCCCAAAUCCUAGGAAUUUUAGUUCAUAAACACACUUGCCAGUGGUUGUGGGCAACCAUCUACUUGAUGUAAAGAACUUAAUUUCAGUAUAAACUGGCUCUGGGCAGCGCCAUUGAUGCUGCACUUUUGAGUUGUAGCAGCUGUAAUUGUGAAUAUUACUGAGGUAGUUGAACAUGGUGUCCAGUUUUCUAUUGCAUUUUUUCAAGUGGAAAAGUUAACUGAAUGGUUGACACACAAGUGGUGGAGAGAAUUGUGCAUAUGCCAAUUUUUGUAACCUUUUUACUUUGAACUACACUGCUUAUGAGAUCUUAUUGUUUUGGAAGAAUGGCAUGAACAAGUCUUCAGGAACAGUUGUGAUAAUUGUAAAUGCUCACAAUUGUGCACUCUUUCUGGGUAUUCCUCCCUGGUUUUGAAAGUUGUACACUUAAAACAUUCUUAAAAUUGCUGGUGUCUGAGUGACAUAACAAGCCAGCUGACAUGGUAGUAACCAAAGAUUCCAGUUUUUAAGCAUAUGAAAGACUCUGCCUGCUUACCUGUACUAGAAGUAACAGCAUCUAAAGUGAAGACUUAAGAGAAACUUAGCGACUACUAGAUUAUCUUUAGGACUCUGCAUUAACUCUAUAAUGUUCUUGGUAUAAAAGGAGAAACAGCAUAUUUGUCACAAAUUUAGUUAACAUCUUACAACUGAAACUGUAUGUAAGUUGCUAGAUAAAUGUAAUCACUGUAAACAUCUAUAUGAUCUGGGAUUUUGUUUUUAUUUUGAAAUGGGAGCUUUUUUGUUUACAAGUUCAUUAAAACUAAACUGUUUCUGUAAGAAAAUGAGAUUUUUUUAAUUUGCCUUGAUAAUUUGCAAUCUAAAUUAGACACCACCCUUUUUUAAAAUAAGCAACUACAAGGCCAUUUGUUAAAGCUAAAGUCCUAUUUCUUAAUCAUUUUAGAUCUAGUGCUGUAACUCUUCCUCACUUUUGUUUUUAAAUAAAUUUUGUAUUUUUUUUCUUGAUGGGGAGGGGCACUCUUGCAUUUUUAUAAUCUGUUGCAUUGAUACCCAGCCCGCUGUAACAAGAGACUGAAUAAAAAUAAAGGCAUCUUUUCAGACCCAUCACAGCAGAUCACAAGUCUUGCUGUUGUCUUGCAUUGGCUAGACUGGUUUGCAAAACUAGCCUUGCAGAUUUAAAAUGGAAGCAUGUGGAGGGUUUUAAAAGAAGGAAUUUUCUUUCAAGUUCUUGUGAAGUGGAUAUGACCAGAUUUACUCUUGUUCUCAGGCAGCUUCUUGGUUAGCAAUGUUCACAUUGGUUACUGGUUACUGCCUUAGGCUAUCCUUCUCACUCUAAUCCAGCUGAAAGAUCUUACUGCUGGUGAUUCGUCUAACAGUGUAACUUAUUCCUUUAUAGCAUGUCAGAAUAAAUUUAAAAAGUUGUCUGAAAA